GUCAACACGCAUGACACCAUAACAAGUGCGAGCAGUCUGUUUCUUAGAUUCCACUAUUAAAAGGCAAAUUAAAAGCGAAAACUACGUAAACUGAUGACUGUAAUGUAGCUGUUGCACUAAGUCAGAGAAAAUGUUAAUGAUGGUUUGACAUUGGAAGGAUAAACAUGGAUGUACAGGUGCUAUGUUAUCUUUGGAUCUAAGUAUAGUCUGACCUGCCAGAAAUUCUUUUAGAAGAAGAUCUUUAGUCAUCCUUAUAAUUAGAAAUGGAGGGAGAUGAAGACAAAAAUCCGGGAGUAUCAAUGAUAGUUAUCUGCGUUAUUGUAGCCCUGAUAGGAAUAGUUUGUAUCCUAGGUAACAUACUGGUCAUCCAAGCGUUAAUAUGCUCAAAAUAUCCCAGAAUUCCAAUCUACAUCGCAAUCGGAGGAUUGGCAGUAGCCGACUUGCUCAAUAUCAUCAUGGAAAGUCCAUAUAUCAUUUUCAAUGAAGUUGGGCAUAAAGGCAUAGUGAAUACACCUUUGUGUAAAGCACAUUUUUAUUUGACAUCAGUAUGUUCAUAUGUUGCAGGAGCACAUUUGGUACUUUUCAGCAUUAUUCGUUGUAUCAUGUUGAAUGAACGUGUCCGUUCCAGGUCAUACGUUCGACACACCAUUGUAGGGUGUGUUGUUAUAUGGAUAGUUAUAUGCCUGUCAAACAUUCUAAAUCUCAAAACUGUAGCAUAUGACAAAGACUUUAAAGUAUGUGUUGAGCUAGGUUCAGACCUUACUCCAGAAGAUGAGAGAAUAUUAUGGUUACGGUUUUCAUUUUCAUAUAUGAUUCCUUUACUUGUAAUAUGUAUCUUAUAUGUAGUGACAAAGUUCCUAAGCAUGCGAUUUUUUUACGAAAGUUAUUCCUCAAGAGAACGUAGAUUUUCAAAAAUGGUGACUAUCUUAGUAAUAACAUUUGCUAUUUUCAAAUUACCAAAUGAAGUAGUAUAUAUAAUGAUUUUUUACAAAACUCGAGAGUUUAUUUCUGGUUUGAAAAUAAACCCAAACUAUGAUGAUGUUUUGAUUAAUCAGAUUGAUAUGCUAUUUGAAGUUUCGAAAUAUUGUGAAAUCGUAGCAUUGGUAGACUUAGCAAUUCGUCCAGUCAUAUAUGCAAAGUUUUCUUAUUACUUUGGAAAUAGUUUUGAUGAAAUUAUUAACUGUAACACUUGCCGUGAAAGAGGACAUCGUCCUAGACGGAAGAAGACUGACAGCGGAAUGUCAAAUCAUACUACUCUAAUUCAAGAUGAAGGUGAAGAAAUUGAUAAAGAUAACCUAGAUGCUGAGGAUGAUAUCGAUGAAAAUGCAAAACAUGUGGACGAAGAAAACAAUGAAAUGGAUGUAGUCGAUUUCAUAGAGGAUGAAGUUCAAGAUUCAAAAUGUCCAAUCUCCAUUAUCAUCAACAACGAAAAAAAUGGUGGAUUAUUUGUUGGAUCAAUUUAUGAUGAGAAAAAUGGUGUGAAUGCCAUAUCUGGUGUGAAAAUUUUCAUGGUACUGAAAACAAACAUAAGGUACAAAGGUGAAACUGGAAUCAGAAUCGAAAGAAUUCCAAUGAGAGAAAAAGAAAGUGAAAAAGAUGAUAUAAUUGAAGACACAUUUGGAAAACCAGCUUGAUUAUGUUUCAUCUUUUCAGAACAAAAUUAUAUAAUGUUGAGAAAACAAAGAUGUUGUAAAGAUUUUCAAUUGAGUUGUACAUUCAGUAUACAAUAUAUAUAUAUAUUGAGUUCAUCACCCUUUCUAGUCAUCAAGAAUCAAACAUAGCUGUUUUAUGUUGAUUAUAGAAAGAUAUAAAACUUUUUAUGUCAUUUUCAUGUAAUCAGAUUUGAUCUAAGCUUGAAUGAUACACACUCUGAACAGCUGGUCUUGUAUAUGAUAAAACAGAAUUUGGUCUUUCUUAACAUUAAAAUUUUUUCCUUAUAUUUCAAAAGAGUUAUCGAAUAUUUGAUUUUUGUUUGUAAAGAAAUCAAUCCCAAAAGAUAGUGAAAUGCAAAUCUGUAAAUUAUGAUGACAGUCUUGUCCUUGCUGGAAUGUUGACAAAUUAAACUAAUAAAUUACUCAGAAAUGUACCAUACACUGUUUUAUAAUGACCUUUUUUAGAAUUCAUACAAAAAAUUAGCAAUCCUGUAGGAUUUAAUGCCUUUUGGACAUUGCUAAAUUCUUGAAUAUGGAUAUUUCUUUUUUAGGCAUUUCAAUUGGAUACAGUUUUCAUUUUAAAUGUCAACAUCUAAUGACCUUUGUUUUAACUAUUUUGAUUAACUUUCUUCUUUUGCCAAAAUUAUUGUACGUUUCUUGUUGUCUCUGGAAAAGUGAAUGUGCAUUUAAAUUCUGUUGGGCAUUUACAAAUACAGUAUAUACAUUUUUUUAUACAAAUAUAUAAAGACAGUGCUAAAAAUAUGGUAGUUACUCAUAAUAACAUAAUAGAGUCAGCCAUUCUUUAAUUGUAAUAUAGAAAACCUAUAUGUAGCUGUUGUUUUGUGGAAUUUGAUAAUGUACAUGAAUUGGAAAAUUGAAUUAUUAAUGUCAAUUAUAAAGGAUAUUAUUUUAAUGUUCAAUUCUAUGAUAUAUAAUGACUGGAUGCUAUAAUUUUCCAACUUUAAUACCAAAGUGCCUUAUGAAUUAAUACAGAAAAUUAGCCUUAGAAAAAAACAAUUGUAAAUAAAUAAGUUAAUUUAUGAGAUUUUUAAAUGAAUCAGGGAAAACCUGUUUUAAACCAAAGUUAAUAAUAAGAGCAUGUUUGUUUCUAACAUUAUUUUGUUAGCUAUGUCUGUUGGUGAGUUCACUUUUGGCUGUCAUCAAUUAAUUAUCCUGCAGAACAAGACAUUAAACAUAGAUUUAGAAACAAAUGCAAUGUUAACAUUGGUCAAUAGAUCAUUACUUAAUAAAUUUAUAUGCAUGCCUCACAAUACUUCUGCAUUGAAAAUGAUUUAUGUUCCCAUUUGUUCAGGAAAACAAUGUAUUUACAUUGCUGAAGUUCAAAUGCUACUGAUAUAGCAUAAACAAUAAACAUUUAAUUAAUAGUCAACUAUACUGCACAUACAUCCUUUGAUGACAACAUUACAACAUAAUAAAGUAGUAAACAACAAAUACAUGGAUAGUGGUUAGAAACAAACACGCUCUAUAAUUCAGGAUUGUAAAAGAUACCUCUUGUGAACUGCAGCUUUUUAUCAAUAUUCUUAAGAAAUGUUAUAAAUUAUGCUCAAUUUUGUGAUUUUUUUAAUGGACAUAUUCUUUGCUUGUUAUUUCUAUAUGAAAAUGUUGCUUGUUGUGUUAUUUCUGUAUGAAAAUAUUUAUAAAGGGCAAAAUUUUAAAGCUUGUUCAUGAUUUCACUUAAUGUUUAUUUUGAGUACACUGUUUUAUUGUUAAGAAAAGCUUCAGUAAUGAAGAAUCCAUUUAUUACUUUUUCACACAUGUUUGACACUUUAUAAUUAUGUUUUCUGACCGAUUUUUUCCCCCAACAAUUUUUAAAAAUUAAUGUAGAUUUUUUAUUAUCCUACGCAAAAAUGCAUGCAACAUAUGGAGUGAAAUUGAUUUGGCAGUUUGCAUUAAUCUCGUGGCAAUGAGCUGCACAUUAUGUAAUUCUUUAUUCAUAUUCAAAGUACAAAAAUGUCGUUGAUACCUGACCGAAUUUUUGUAUUACAUUAAUAUGAUUUUUGUGGUUAAGCUUAAAAUUUAAACUUUUUCUUUCUUUAAGAAGAUAGAUCUUGAAAGUUGGAGCAGUAGGGGUUCCAAGUAUAGUAAUAGGGGUUGGAUGUUUUUUGAUGAUUUUAAAAAUAAAGAUAAAGAACAAAAAGGAGAAGUUUACAAAUGGAACCGCUCCCUAUAACAUCAACUAAUUAAUAAAGUCAUUUUGAAAUAAGACGAACUAGUAUUCAAAAAAAUUCUUUUUAACAUUUUUUUUUCUUGAAUAAAUCGUUAACAUGUGCUGUAAACUUAAAAAGGAAUGUUGAGUUUUUGUUUUGUUAUUUGCUCACUUUUAUUUGUUAUGACUCAGAUGUAAAUAAUCACCAUUUUCUCCAUUGUAAAUAACACAUUAUAUCAUCUUUCUACAUGUCCCUUCCAUUUGUCUCUUUUAUCCUCCAGUCCUUAAUAUUAUAUUGUUUUCAGAAUUUAUUGUAAAAAUGCCUCUAGUGAGAAUUUUACAAUAUUUCUAUUGUAUCAGUUGACUGUUUUGACAAAGAUCUAUUAUGUUUGGCUAAUUUAAAAUUUUCAUUGAAUAAUUUUUGGAUACUGUUAGUUAAGGAAAAGGGUUAUGAUAAGGCUAUUUGUUUGGCCCUUGAAUAUAAAAAGUAGAUCAGACUAUACUACUUUUCAGUUAUUAAAAAUAAAUAAAAUUAUUAGUUUUUAAGGAUUGAAGAAUUUUACAAUCUUGCAAUGACAGGACCCAGGUUCUUAUCAUAAAUCAUAAUUUGAAGAAGAUGCAAAAUGAAACAAAAGUUAUAAACCAUUGCUUACUUCCCCAUAAAAACCUCUCUUAUGUACACAGAAAAUGAAAGUUCUUAAAUAGGUAAGUCUACAAAAUUGUUUGUUACAAAAACUAUAGUUGUUUAAUUCAGACAAUAAAAAAAAAAGUACAAAAUAAGAAAAAGUCUGUCUUUCAUUAGGUGAAAUGUAGAGGAGUGAGAAAAAAAUAUUCUGAUUUUCAUUUUUAGGAUGAAUGAUAGUAUUUUUAGUGACUACAGGAUGCUAUAAAUAAAGAUAAAAAUGAACAAACACAUUUCUAACCAGGUAGAAUCAUGAAUUAUAUUUUGACAGAUCUGUAAAAAGGUACAUGUAGUGACAACUGUUGAAUCAGAAACAUGUAUUAUCAAACUAAUCAGAAUUAAAAAUAAUCACCGACUUCUACAGCCUAGACCUUCUGGAUCCAGAUAAAUACAUGUUAUGUUGUCAACAUGGUCAUUGUAUAGCUCAAUAUGUUAUUUUGACUGUCAGUUAAUAGUGUUAUGUAAAUAACCACACAGAUGUUGCAGAUUUUAAUUUUUGUAACAAACAUCAAGGUAAAAAAGAGAAACUAAAAAAAAAAGAUGAAUGUUUAUUACUUCUGUUUGUCGUCAAAGCAUAAAUCUGAAGAACCUUUGUGUAGAUACAGACUUUCAUAUGUUUACUCUUUACAACGUGACUUUGUUUUCUUGUACACGUCUCGUCCUGAACAUGCAUGAAAUAUUUGCCACUGGACCUUAAACAACCAACAAUCAAUCAAUCCUGUACACACAACAUGAGGGGCUCUUUACUCCUACAUUAGCCUUUUACAAUUUGGCAUUAAUAAAAAGAAAGCUUGCCUCAAUUUAUAUUAUCUUUAUAUUAUAGUCACCAUCAUUCAAUGUAGCAUGGUCAAAAUCUGAGUCAGACAAAGAUACAUUUCACGAGUUAUUUAACAUAAACAAUAUUGACUUUUAAACUUAAUUUGGUGCCUUCUUCUUCGUCUUAUGUUCAAUAAAAAUUAGGGCAUUUAAUCAUUGAAUGAAAUGCCAAAUAUUAAACAGAAUUUUUAAUUAGGUAGUCAUGUUCACUUUUAAACACCUGCAUAUAUAAUUAGAAGCAGGAUUAAGUUUUAAAUAUCAUUAUCAGGUGAAAUUAAACUUUUAUUUUAAAAAGUGUCGUUUUAUUUAUCCUCGGUUUUAGAGGCAUUGUUUUGUAUGUAAAUAAGAUAUACAGCUUUAUAUGUUAUAUAGUGUGUUGUUAAGAAAUUAGUGCUAGUCUUUAACAUGUACCAUAUUAUCUUAAACAAUUUGUUUUCAUUGGACAUGUUGCCAUCCACCAACCAUCCUGUUAAACAGAAGUAUUGUGGAAUAUAAACUUACACAUAUAUCUAUAUAUUCAAUUAAAAAAUCAUUCAUUUUAAAAAAGUUAAAUUCAUAAAUUUGCAUAUUUUAAGUAAUGUGUUUAGGUAUUGAUAUUUAUCAGCGUUUCCAUAUUGAAGACAUUUAAAAAUGCUUUAAACAUAUAGCCAAAAAAUUCUCAAAAAAUGAAAAGAUAUAUAUUGGUAUGAAUUUAUUUUCUUGAUAUUUAUAUUAAUGUAAAUACUGAACAAUUAAAUGCCUCUUUUUUUGUUAUGUUUUAUUCUCUUGUUGAUCAUUUGAUGUUAUAUAUUGUAUUUUAAUCAUUUCUUACAUCUAUUUUGUUACUGACUGCAUUUUUCAAAUCUUUUGCAUUUCACAUAUAUUUAGAAUGAAAGAAGUAUGUCAAUGGUCAGUAUUAUAAUUUACGGGUAUUUCAGUAUGACCAUGUGAUUGUGUGAACACUGUAAAUUGACCUCACUAUAUCAUUUAUGUACAUAUAUAUGUUUACAUUUGGUUAUAAGUUAACAAUUAUUACAUAUUUGCUUUGUCUUGGUGUUAAUUGAAUGCCAAUAACAUACCAAGUUAUUGAUUUUAGAUGAGUCGAGUGGCAAUUGGUCCAGAUGAAGAUGGAAGUAGGGUAAAUCAAUAUUUUAUAGCAAUUGAAGGUUUAAUUAGCUAAAAGCAGUGUCAGAUUCAAAAGGGGAGGGGGAGCAUAUCCCUUUGAUUGUCUGAAAAAAAAAAAAAUGUUGAUAUAAAAUUGUCCAUCAAAAAUUUUACAUUGCUAGACCAGGCAAUAUAUGACAAUAACACCCCCCUUUUUUUCCAAAACUUGGAUCUACCCUUGAAAAGUAACAGUAUGGAUAUAUUUUGAUACUUAAUUCCUACAAUUUUUUACAAGAAUUUCAGUAGUGUGAUUGACACAACAGUAUUGGUAUUAAAAGUACUGUUUUUGACGUGACAUUAAAAAGUAUCAAAAGUCAUGUGUUAGACACUUAAAGAUAAAUUGGAUUACCACCCUUUAAAUGGAAGAGAACGCUUGUAGUAAUUGAGGUUAUAGAAAUAGUAUUUUUUGCUGGCUCACGUCUGUCAGUUGUAGUACAUGUAGUUGUAGAAAAGUAUGUUUUAGCUGGCUCACGCCUGUCAGUUGUAACUGUUAUAGAAAGAUAGGUUUUGGCAGGCAGAAUCAUGAUACAUUAUUUAUAAGUAUGAAGUUGCUUAUCUUGGAAUAUUUGAUGUAUACUGAUAGUUAUCAUAGAACACAGAAAAAGCAAAUAAGUAAGAAUUGUGACUACCAAGCAACAAGACUCUCAAAUAGGGCAUUGAUGUGUAUAUGUGUGUUGUUAUCGCUAUUAUUUUUCAAUUCACCUCAUUCCUCUAUUGUUGCAUCUAUUCAUUGUAAAAAAUUCUGUCAAUUUAUUCAUGUAAAAACUUACACAUUAAUUUAUCAUGUAUUGUGACAUAUGUUGUGGUGUAAAAGUUCAAAAAUCCUGCCUACAUAUUUCCACACUGGCUGAUUUAUGCUAUUUUAGUUGGUAUUAAGAGAACGAUCAGGAGGAAUCCAAGUAAAUUAUAUAUGCCAGAGGUCAUAAAAGUAGAAUAAUGUUUUCAAAUUUAUUGUUGGUAUCAAAUUAAAUAUUCUAAAAGGAAUCAGUCCUAGUUUUUGAAAUUCAAAAAGUAUGCUCUAAAUUUUAAAUAAAUAAAAAAAGCAGUGAAAAAUAUUGGUAAAUUUUAUAAGUACUGAAUUGUGUUAUUAACUGUUUGAUAAACUGGAAAGGAAAUGGUAUGUAUGGAAAGGCAAUUUGUAAGUUCACCCAAACAAAGUUCCUAUGGUAUCACAUAAAAGAAAAUUAAACAGAGUCAGCAUCAACCAAUACAUACUAAUAGGUCAGCUCUUUCAUGUUAAUUAGAUUAUGUCAUAAUAAGUUUAUCAAGGAUGAAAGUCGUUAAAAAAAAAAAAAAAAUCAUUUCCAUUUUAACAGAAUUUUUAAAACAAAAUUUUUGAAUGCCUUUUACCUUCCAAACUGCAAAUUUUACGGGUCAUCAGUCAUUUAAUUUUUGUCCGGUUUGGAUUCUGUUUUAUUUUUUUGAAACCUUUGCAUAAAGUUUUACAAUUGUAUUAGUAAUUUUAAUCAUUUGAUAGUUGGAAAAUUGUAAUAGAUUAUAAAACAUACAGACAAUCAUAGGGUACUACUGUCAAUGACGUAAAACUCAGGGAAAUUAAGGUUGCCAUGGAUAUAUAAAACAAUUUUAAACAUUAAGAAGCCUUAAAGGAAGUUUGGCAUUGUACUGCAAUCAAAGAAAACUCCAUAACUAUAUAGCCGUGUAUUCAUAUCUUGUAGGGUAAAGCAUGACUUUCUAUGCGGGUACAUAACCGUUCUAUGUCACCGUCUGUGAAUUUUUAAGCCAAAGAAGCGUGGUAUUAUUUGUAAUAUUAAACAUAAACAAAUUAAAUCGUCAUCAGGAUCAAAAUGAUAUAGGAAAAUACAUUAUUCUCAUUUUACUCAUUUUGAUAUCAUUUCACAGUUAGUAUGUAUAUAAAUAAUUGUAAUUAAUCAGGGUACCUAAAUCAAUGUAAAUAAAAUCAUGUUGAUAUAAAUUACAUAUUUCUAUUCUAACAUCUAAAUCUUCAGAGUCAUACAGUUGACCUAAAUCUUCAGAGUCAUACAGUUGACCAAUGUAUGGUCCAUUAUGAUUAAAACACUAGUUACCUUUCACAGACGAAUGUGUAUUAAACAAACCACGAAUGAAUAGCAAUUUUUGGAAGGUCUCUUGAAAUUUUAAAGGUGUUUUAACUGCUUUGGAUUAAAAUUCAUAUUUGCAGAGUAAUCAACUGUGACAAAAUUUGUUUUCCUAACAUCAAAGUUUAUCACAAAAAAACUUAUUAAUUAAAUGAAAUUAAUUGAAAAAUUUCAAAGCAUUACAUUUUCUUUAUAAGAUAUUUAUUGAAAAAUGCAAUCUUCCAUUAAAUUUAGUUUUAAAACAAAUAACAAGAUAAUGAGGAAAUUUACAUUAGUUGAAAUUGGUUGUUAUGGACAUUGUUUUGCCCAGAAAAGCCUUUGUUUUUAGCUGUGGUACAAUUUCUUGCCAGUUAUAAUGUUAUAACAUUUUAUUCUUUAUUUUCUUGCCUCAUCUUCAGCUUAUAAUUUGAUUGUAACAUGUGUGUAUGCAUGCUCAUUGUAUUAUGGAAGUAUUGCUCAAAUAUCAAUAAAAUAUAUAAUAAUCCA